AUGUCCAAGCACAUUUUUGUCCUCGGCGCGACGGGCCAAACUGGAUUGGACUUCAGCCGACUAGCCCUGGAGCAAGGUCACAGCCUGACGCUCUACGUGCGAAAUCCGGCCAAGAUCCCCGACGACAUCAAGGAGAAUUCCAAGGUCACGGUGAUCCAGAGCUCGCUGGAAGAUGCAUCGGCCCUGGAGAAAGCCGUGACCUCGGGUCCCACGGUCUUUGUGUCGUUCGCCGGACCGACGUAUGGAUCCAAAGGCACGCCUGUCACCGACGCCUUGACGAAACUAUACCCGGUGCUGACCGCCAACCACUACGAGAGGGCGUUGGUGCUGGGCACGUGCUCGUACCCGGCACCCGAGGACAAGGGCGGCUGGAAAUGGAGUGCAUCAGUGGCCUUGAUCAAGGUCAUCGGCGGCGAUGCUUAUCGCGAGUUCAACGGCUUGGGCUCUUUGGUGGCAUCGUGGGACUCGUCCAGUUUGAAGUGGACUCUUUUCCGUGUGCCUUUCCUGGGAAAUGGGCCCGCAAAGCCCGUCUCCGCCACCUACACCGGCUCCGGCACUGACGGCAUGUUCCUGUCCAGGAAGAGUAUUGCCGAAUGGGUGUUGCAAGAGUUGUCUCCGGAUUCGGAAUGGGUCGGCAAAACGCCAGUGCUGUCGAACUGA